AUGCCGGUCGUCAUUGCAGAACCGAAGGACGGCGGAGAUGGCGAACGCAGCCAGGGUGCAAGAUCUCUACUACACGUCUGUCUUGAUGUCGCCACAAACGUCUUGCCUGACGAGCCGAACCCAUACAGCCUAGUGAGCACACUACCGGAACUCCUCCAAACGAAGAUGGCGGUACACCUCCUGAGUGAUCGACGUGAGCUGCAGAACGUCAAGACCUACAUGGACAAGAUCCCGUUGAUGGACCAGGAGAAGCAUCUCACGAUCGACAGAAAUGCCAAGUUUGCAGCCGACCACCCGGAUAUAUUCGACGACCUCGAUUACUCCCUCGGAGAAGUUCUUCGCGCUGCUGGGUUGCUUCCUCGUACAGCCGCGCCGAGUGCUGCCAGAUGCCUUGAUGGAGAGGUGCUCCUGGUCGAGAAUACAACAGAUUCUCUGCUCCGGUUCAGUAUCUGUGCGACCUUCGAGCAUCGUAGGGGCAGAUGUCGGCAUCGCAAACACUUCAAAAUGGGAGACCUCAUCUCACCCCAACUUCUCGAGAGGCGAUUGAAGCUCAUGAAGAAUGAAAGAGACUGGAAGCUUGAGGACACCAAUUACGAUGAUCCAACAACUUGGACACACGGAGAUCUCAGGUUGGAAGUCUACCUUGAGGACCAUGACGAGGAACCCGACGUGACCUGUGUUUUCAAGGGUGACAUAGACUGUGUUAGGGGUGCGGAGAUCUACCUCAACGCAUUGUUGAGCCCAAUUGAGAGGAUCGACGGCAACAGUAACUAUGGGGAAGAGGCUUUUGCAAGGUGUCUCAGCAAGCUGCUGGAACUAGCAAAGGUCGAGAAAGACUCUGCCGCAAAUGGGUCUUGA